AUCCGUGCUCCACAAUCGUUAAUCUCGGCAGGCGGCACUUGUCUCCUCGCCGGCUGGCCAGCUUAAAACAAGACGCGACAGAAGUCACGAAGGCAUCCGCACCCCAAUCAUGGCUAUGGUUGGCUGAUCCUCCCGUGAUCUUCAGAACAAAACAGUGGCACGCCCCCCGGAGUCCCACGCCCCCCUUUCUGUCCUUGCUCCCCAUGGAUUUGAUCCGUACUCCUCCAGCGAGAUGCCCGCGGCUGCGGCCGCGGCAGCUCGCACCCUCCGCCGCGGCGCCACCAGCUUCCGUUUCUUGGGCAGCGCUCCCCUGCCACCUACCAGCCUACGCCGCCGCGCCCUCCCCCCACCAGCGCGAUCGCCGGCCGCGCCGCGGCCUGCGGCUUCGGAACGCCGGCAGCGAGGGGGAGGCGGCGCUAGCGGGGCGGCGGCGGCCGCGGUUCCUGUGCUUGCACGGGUUCCGGACCAGCGCCGAGAUCUUGCGCAAGCAGGUGGUGGGGAGAUGGCCCGCCGACGUCACGGCGCGCCUCGACCUCGUCUUCGCCGACGCGCCCUUCCCCGCCGAGGGCAAGUCCGACGUCGAUGGCAUCUUCGACCCGCCCUACUACGAGUGGUUCCAGUUCGCCGGCGAGAUCUCGGGGGGACAGGAUCCCAUCAAGUGCAGGAACUUGGACAGGUGCUUCUCCUACGUCGAGGAGCUGAUGAUCAGACAAGGGCCGUUCGACGGGCUGCUAGGAUUCUCCCAGGGCGCCGUCGUAUCUGCAGUGCUUGCAGGGCUCCAGGAACAGACUCGUCUCUGCGUUUUCCGGCAGGGGUUGGCCUUCACUGGGGUUGCUAAGGUGAAGUGCGUGAUAGUUAUAUCCGGGGGGAAGAUCCAGGCUCCGGUGGCCGCCGCAAGGGCGUUCAACAGCAAGAUCAUGUGCCCGUCGCUUCACUUCAUUGUGUGCGGUGACGAUGACUUUGUGAAGGUUCACAGUGAAGAGCUUGUAGAAGCAUUUGCGGAUCCACUUGUUAUACGUCAUCCCUGCGGCCAUACUAUACCUAAUCUUGAUGAGAAGGGCCUCCAAACUAUGCUCACCUUCCUAGACAAGAUUGAGAGGGGAAUAUGGGAACAUUCAUCGACCGAUACUAAGAUCAUGGUCUCAAAUUCGGAGGCUCAAAUAUCUGAAGUUUAGAAAAUGCACAGAAUUGACAUGUUCUAAAGAAAUUCAAAUCCAGAGAGUUUGGUAAGACGUUGAGUGUCAUAUCUAGGAACUUUCCCUUACCUAACUCCUUCAUAUCAAGAACCAUCCAUCCUGUUUCAUUGAUCAUCUAAAAUGGACCAAAAUCAUUGCCACUUUGGCAAAAUACCCAUAUAUUUACACAAGCGCGCGCACAAGAACGAGUGUGUUCAUCGGUGUUGAAAACGUGUGCUGCACAUGUUACAUGACUUGCUAGAUGUGAUGAGCACGUGUCAUGUGUGCCUAGUAGGUGUGAUGUUGCGAGUGUGAUGUGUACCUGGUGGUGCUUGUGUAACCGAGAAAAAAGAAAGAAAACAAUGCCACUGCUAAAACCUCUUGCAAAAGCCGCCGAUUUGGGUAUUGGACAUGGACUCAAUGAAUGGUUGCAUAAUCGAGAGGGGUGUGCUAUAGAGUCAACUGAUUUCAAUCGAUA